CGUAGCCGGACCGCGGCACAUUUUUUUGACAGCGGAAAUGAGGAGUCGCCAGUUUUUUCGCGUCAAGUUCGUGGCUGAAACUUUUCUUUCCUCUUUUUUUUGUUGUUGCGGAGUGAACCGUCGCGUGUACUCACAAUGAGAGAGAAAGCGAGCGAGCUGCUUCUCCUCUGAAUGAUGUCUAGUUUCUGUUACUCACCGCCGACGUCGCUUUGAGUUAACGUUACUUUAGACGCUUCUCAACACAUUUCCGUUAUGCGAAGUCCAACUUGUUGGUUUGUCGUCGUGCUGCGGUGGGUGCCCAUCCGAGAUAACGGAGAACUGAUUCUCAGCCGGUCUGGUUACUGCAAUGAAUGGUAACACUAUACAUCCAAUCAACACCACCACAACAGCAGGAGGAGGCCCAGGCGUGGCAGCGCCCCCCAGAGGCUGGAGGGAAUUCUGCGAGCUUCACGCCAUCGCCACAGCCCGGCAGCUGGCCGGACACUACCGGAGCUUCGCCAGAGAGCGGCAACAACAUGACGUGCUCCCACCAGAGACUUUUUCCAAGCAGUUCACCGACCUCUUCCAGCAGCACUUCUGCUGUGAGGUCGACAAAGAUGGCACUCCACUCGGCCCGAACACAUGCUCCACCGGUAGUGCUGCCUCCACCACUGCGGUGGCUCCUCCCCAUUCAUCGCAGGCUGUGAUUAGUCGAUUGCGGAUCACAUCUUUCUCUGGGGUGCAGGACUACCGGGAGGCGGGCCGGCCAAGUGGAGGAGCUUCUCCGUUUACUGUGGUGUCACCAAAAGUGGAGCCAGUGGUGGUGAGUCGGGAACAGGAGCAGCCGCUGCGAUGUGCGGCGGGAAACUCCUUAUCAGGAAACCCUCAGGUGCUCAGAGGUUCGACUCGUAGUAUUGGCAGCGGGUCACUGCUGAUUCGUAGCCGUAGCAACGAGGACAUCUCUGGCACUGAUCGUCGUCAGGUGUCUGAACGGUACUCUUCGGACUCCUCAACCUCCAACCCUGGACAUGCUGAUGUCACACAUUUCUCUGUCCGUCAAAUCCGAGAGACCGUAAGACAGCUUUUUAAGAAACGGCCCCUCCCCAGCCCCCCCUCAUCCCAGGACCUGUCUCCUAGCAGCCCCAACCCCACCACCAACAACAAUCCCCCAAAUAAUGUUGACCGAAUCAGUGGGAAUUCCUCCACAAACGAGGAAGUGUCGUCAUCCUCCUCAUCCCCUCACUCUUCCUCCUGUGUUAACUCUGAAGCCAUGCCCCCAGCCUCUUCACAUAUGUCCAUGGCGGGGGUAGCCUCUCAAUUGCUGGAUCGUUUACGCUGGUUACGCAGUGGAAGCAUGAGGCAGAGGAGGUCAGAGAUGAGCGGCUGCUGUAAAGAAGGCCAAAUGAGGUACUUGCAGGUGGAUGACACUAUCUCAGACUCUCAGCCCCGCUGGCAACGCUGCCGCCUGCUGGUCAGGAGGAACAGGGACGCUCAAGGUGGUGGAGGAGGAAGAGGAGGAGGGGAGAGGUACCAGUUGGAGCUUUAUGAUCCUCCAAAGUGCACCUUUUUUCUCUCUUACUGACAGUAAGACAGGAGUUUGCAACAUCAGUGGAAAAUACUUUUCCAACAACCAGACUCUGGUGUCCAUCUGUUCCGUGUUACUUGUGUACUUGAGUCUCUCAUAUGGCAACAUGCAGCGUUAAUUUG